CAUCCAAUAGCGAAGACCUGACUUGUGAACGGAAAAGCAAGGAGGAACAGGAAUCCUUUUUAAAUCCGCAGGUUGCGAUUGGGCGCACGCGCACACACCUCCUCGACACCCAUCCAUGCAUGCGUGCAUCCAGAGCCCGCUACACAAAUAGACAGUGCACCCAGCAGGUGGUAGACAAGCUAGUAGGAGAAAUUUUCCACUACGACCCGAUUAGUGGCUUACAGUUGGCGCAGACUCGACCUGCCAGCUGCGUUACCGCUACACCGCACCAUCGCAACCUGAAGACUUAUCACAGGACACUAAACCCGAGUUAACUCUUCAAAACAGAUCUGAGCUCCAUCUCAUCUAAAGGAACGGUUGUUUCUGUCAGCUUGAAGCAGUGAUGGACUUCCUUGCUGGAUGCAUAGGAGGUGCUGCCGGGGUCCUCGUCGGACAUCCUUUUGACACGGUUAAGGUUCGUCUUCAGGUCCAGAGUGUGGAUAAACCACUUUACCGAGGGACUUUUCACUGUUUCCAGUCCAUCAUACGUCAAGAGUCAAUGUUUGGCCUUUAUAAAGGCAUUGGGUCACCCAUGAUGGGCCUGACGUUCAUCAAUGCCAUCGUCUUUGGUGUUCAGGGCAACACCAUGCGCAUGUUGAGUGAGGAUACACCUAUGAACCAGUUCCUAGCCGGAGCGGCGGCCGGUGCCAUCCAGUGUGUGAUCUGCUGCCCGAUGGAACUGGCCAAAACCCGAAUGCAGAUGCAAGGAACGGGCGAGAAGAAGUCAUCCUCUCGGAAGGUCUACAAAAACUCGCUGGACUGCUUGGCUCGCAUUUAUCAGCGUCAGGGCUUGCGGGGAGUCAACCGGGGAAUGGUUACGACUCUUAUCCGGGAGACGCCGGGCUUCGGCGUUUACUUCCUCGCGUACGACCUCCUGACGCGUUCGCUGGGAUGCGAGCCGGAGGACCCGUACAUGAUUCCCAAACUGCUGUUCGCCGGCGGCAUGUCGGGAAUCGCGUCCUGGCUUUCGACAUACCCGGUGGACGUGAUAAAAUCCCGGCUCCAGGCUGACGGGGUUGGCGGAAACUACCAGUACAGCAGCAUCAUGGACUGCACGAGGAAGAGCAUCCAGCGUGAAGGUUGGCGGGUUUUCACGCGUGGACUUACUUCCACUCUUUUACGGGCUUUUCCAGUUAACGCAACCACUUUCGCGACGGUCACCCUCUUCCUUUUGUACGUACGUCCGGACGACGGUCCGAAAGAUUGCGAAGCUGCUCCAGGUCCGCAUCACGCGCCGUUGCAGCAGCAAGUGCAACCAUCCAGUCUGUGAGUAACCUCAUCUCUCUGGAAUAUCAACUAGCUUGUAGCACUUCCCAAAUCAUGGCUGACCUGUUACUAAACUAAACUGUGCAGUCAGCACAUCUGUCCAGUGUAAACGGAAUUGCACAACCUUUCUAUCUGUACACUGACUUGAGCUCUGCAUUUGUAAACAUAUUUUUAUAUUCAAUGAUAUUUAACAAACACGUUCCCUGUGUCUGCCUUACGAGAGCUGAAAGAAUCCGACCUGUGAAAGUAAGAAUUUGCAUGUUGAUGUAAUCAACAGCUCCUUUUGUUGUUACUUGGCAGAACUAGAAAAACUUGCUUUGACAUUGCAAAUUAUUGCUACACUGAAGAGAAACCAGUGUCUAAACAAAUCCUCGCAAACAUACAUCAAGUUUAGUUAGGGUGGACACCAAUUGAUGUGAAUGAAAAGAGGCUGUAAUGUGUAGACGUAUAGCCCAUUGGAUGUAGGUUGUGCCGUCUUAAGGUUAUAGUGUGUUUCCAGAGGUUUUGGUCCACUGGAAAGAUGCUUUUUGGAAAGUUAGUUACCAAGGUCCUUCUCAGCCUUGUUUUUGUUUGCAUCUAAUCUAACAUGGCCUCUAACCUGACUAAAUUAAUACCCCGGAUAAAAGAUUAAAUUUGUACUCUCAACCCCACCCAGGCAUGGACAAAUAUGACUUUGGCACUGGAGAAAAUAGUCUUUGUUAUUAUGAUGUUUUUAAUCUGAGAAGUGAGAACCUCCUUUUAGUGGAAGCUUCUGGUGAAAUUGAAAGGUUACGAUAUCUUGGCCCAAUUUUCAAGCUGUGCAAUGAAUAUGGUAGACACCAAAUUACAUUUGCCAAUGUUCCCAAGUUUCUAAAUCACUAUCACUAAUAUGAUGUCUGAGGAACUGUUGAUAUCAUCUACUUGAAUUGUAUUAGCUUGAGUUCAUUUGGUUGCUGGUGGACUAAAAAAGAGAAUGAACCAAAGGUUUUUGUCCGACAAAUCAAAUUCUGUCCCCUCAGUGUAAGUUAUGAGUACUUUCCUUGUCCAAGCGUCUUCUGCCCUGAAAUUAUGGUUUAUUAUCUACAAAAUUAAUGCAGUAUUUGCAUGUUUUCUGUAACUUAUUAAAGUGUUGGGAUACAAGUUGUAUCUGCCCCAGUGGACGUCCACUGUAACUAUAUCUAUACUGCUAUUAGAGUUUUAAAUGACCUGCUGUGUUUAAAUAACAUCUUUUGAUUGACUGAAGCAUGUGGGUUGUCUCUAGAGUUAUACUGUAAGAUCAAUAUAUUUUAUGCUUGUAUAUAUCGAGGCUGGAAUUUUCUUAGCAUACAGAAAGAUGUGUAUAUAGAUUUGCAUAUGUUAGAUUUCAAAGUACUGAAUGUAGGAAACUAAAACAUACACUUGGGAAAGAAGUGUAUAACAGACAGAAGAGGUUUCUGUAAUGGUUACAGAUUGUAUGUUGUAUUAAAUGUAAAUAUGUAGUAUUCCAUUAAAAAGGGAAGUUUAGACCGAUGCAUUGAAAAUAAAAUGUUUUGUGUGAUAUCUGUGAGAAAUGUAAAUAAACUGUGUUACAGAGUUAGAUUGGUUGCAGAAGUACUAAAGUGGUUUCAAUUUGAAUAGUUUGUUUUCUUUCUUUAUUUUUCAAGUUUGUUGUUACUGCUGUUGCUGAACAGAUAAAACUGUACUGAAUCUGAUCAAAUGUUUGUCUUAUUUUUGUAUAAAAAAACUGUUCUGUGCUGCUCCCAUUUGAAAAGUGGUUGGCCUCAUCCAAUUUACCAAUUGCUUUUGGUCAGCUAAAAUAUGUGAAAAUAAAUGGGAUAAC